CUGUAGCUGGGGUCAACAUGGACCUCUACAUGGGGCAGAUCACCGUGCUGCUGGGGCAUAACGGGGCAGGGAAGACAACUACCAUCAACAUGAUCACAGGUUUUCUGCCUCCUACAAGUGGAACAACCACAGUUCAAGGUCACGACCUCGCUACCAACACGAGCGAGGCCAGGGAGUUUAUCGGUCUGUGCCCACAACACGGGGUCCUCUUCCCUAAGCUCACCUGCUAUGAGCAUCUCAAGUUCUUUCUCAAGCUCAAGGGCAAAUACUCUGCCGAAGGUGAUGAAGAGAUUUACAAAGAUCUGGAUCUGAUUGGUCUAGGGGGGGAAAAACUCUCCCAGUCCUCAACCAUCUCAGGCGGUCAGCAGCGGAAACUGUCUCUAGCCUGUGCUUUUGUUGGCGGGACGGAGGUAAUGUUGGUGCUUUUGUUGGAGGGACGGAGGUAA